CCAUAUAGGCUCUACUUUUGUACCCAUAUAGCCUCUUGGUUCGGUCGAUCGAUUGCCCGAAGGGCCGCGGUGCUCCAGUCGUGAGACUGGUAGGUCGCCAUGAACGCCAUGGAACGCGCCGCCUGCAACGUCAUAUAUGUUGAUCGCAAUGUGUGCGAGGAGGGAUUGAUUCAUUCUCUUGCCAGUAAGGCAAAAAAUGAUCCACCGAGCUGGGAAUCUGGCGAGGCGAGGCAAGCCAUCCAGCCUCUGCUAGAUGCCUUCGUCCACGUGUGCGCUACAGGUGCCGCCUGCCUAUCAAAACUCUUUGAACUUCAAGAGGGAUCUAUGCUCGAUCUGAAGCCGACUGUUGUGCUACUCGAUACUCCUCACGAUGAGCGCGUCCCCGAGCCGCGAACCAGAUCCAUGUCACCCUCGCCCUCCUGCGAGUCUGAUGAGGGAGCCGAUAUCCACACUCCGGAUGAAGCCCUUUAUGGCUUAGAUUUGCUGCAGAAAAUCAUCACCGAGGCUCACCUACGAGGGAUGUCUAAAUUGGUUGUCCCAAUUCCCAUGAUCAGUGGCUCAGAGGAGUCCACAUCCGCCACCGAGCAGAUGACCGACGGAGCCGUCGAGCCAUUCACCGCACCGCUAGGCUCCCUUGCCUCCAAUCGCCGACUGAUAAGGAGAUGCCUGGACCUUGGCGCUGUCGACAUCAUUAUCAGCCCUCUGAGUUCGAAAUGCAUCACAUCGUUGGAAAUAUGUGCUUAUCGGGCUCAUAGGGAUGCCGCGCGAGAGCAGCAGGCCCUGAUGGAGAUCAGACAGGGAAGGAAAAGAUCAUGGGUCGGCGUUAACGAGGAAAAGCCGUUCGCCUACCUUCGCGAAGCCAUGGUCUCAGGCCUGAUGAAAGGCAUAUGCCGAUUGUCCUCUUCCAACGACGAUCAAAUCAAUAAGGCUCAUAUUGCAGUCUCCUCGGAGCGACAGGCCGCCAUCGCAGUUGCGGUGGGGAGCUGGCAUUUCUGUGCCCACUCCUUCACCGAUGAUGAAUUGUUGGUGGCUGCUAUGGCUAUGUUCAAACAUGCACUGUCAAUGUCCGAACUCGAACGAUGGCGGAUCCCAGCAGACCAGCUCAUCUCUUUUCUCGUGGCUUGUCGCGCUGCCUACAACAGCUUUGUUCCGUACCACAACUUCCGACACGUAGUGGAUGUCUUGCAGGCGACCUUCAACUUCUUAGUGCGCAUCGGUUCUCUCCCUCCUUAUCCUCCAAAUGCCCCAGCAAACUCGAUCCCCGAAAAGUCCCCGAUGGCAUCCUUGGUUACACCCUUUGAGGCCUUGACUCUGCUCAUUACCGCUAUCGGCCAUGAUGUCGGGCACCCUGGUGUCAACAACGGUUUCCUAGUCACCCUCAACGCACCACUGGCACAAUUGUACAAUGACCGAUCAGUGCUCGAGUCAUUCCACUGUGCGGCCUACUCCCAAAUCCUUCGCCGCUACUGGCCGGCAGCCUUCGAGGACACCAAAAUGCGCAACCUGAUGAUCAGCUCUAUACUGGCAACUGACAUGGGCUUACAUUUUGACUAUAUGAAGAAGCUCGGCGAUGUUCAGGAACGCCUGCAGGUGAGCAACAGCACUGACGGUUGGAAUGGGCGACAGUUGGAAGAGAACAGAACCCUGGCCUGCUCUUUGUUGAUCAAAUGUGCUGAUAUUAGCAACGUGGCGAGAAACCACGAGACCGCGCUGCAAUGGACCUACAUUCUCUCAGAAGAGUUUUCUCGGCAGGCAUCGAUGGAAAGCGAGUUGGGGAUUCAAUCAUCGCUCAUGUCUCCACCCAAACAGGACAUGACAUCACUGUCUAAGGGCCAGUUGGGCUUCAUGAACCUAUUUGCAACUCCUCUAUUCCAAGGCGUCGCCGACAUCAUGCCCGCCAUGCAGUACACGGUCGAUGAGCUCGAAAUGAAUAAGGCUCGUUUCGAACAGAAGUUGCAGGAAGAGAAGGCAAAGGUACAAAAGGAUGACCCGGUUCGGAGGCGCCUUUUGAAAUUAGAGGGCACCUUUUCCCCCAGAACUAUGAGUUUUGCGGUUCCAGUGGAAGAAGAAAACAAGGACUCGACGCAGAUUGACGCAGACCGGAAAUCAGACACAACUCCGGUAGGCAAUGGAGUGCUUCCAAUCCCACAUGUCGAUGGGCACGACUCGUCACCGGUUGACAGUCAGCCAACCCCGGAUUUCUCCCAGGCUCUCAGCACUCUCGAAGAAUUUAAGAAAAUGAAUGGGUCAACAUCGACAUUUGACGCCGUCCGAGAGCUGGCGAACAGCGAUCCAUUCCACACGCGGAACCGAGAAGACAGUGGUGCAGAUGGGAAGUCGAUACCUUCUGGGAAGCAGCGGUCUAGUGAAACCACUGAAGGAAGCGUGUCUGGCACUUGCUCUGGGGACUGGGCUUCACAGGCAACCAGUGCUACGACAGGAAAGAUGCCCAUGUCGCCAAGCACGCGAGGCACGAGCAUCGUCAGCAGGGAGUCUACGGAACACCCCAUGGAAAUUCCCACAAUUAACGUUUCGUCCCCAAGCUUGAACGAUCCAUCCGGAAUGGCGUAUCACGACAGCUCAGUCGGCGAUGACGAAACGAGAUCCAUCGGCAGCAACGGUGGCAGCACUGGCGGAAGCAUUGGUGGCAGCAUUGGAAAAGCGGAGGGCAAGUCCCUCCGGAAGAAGACGAGUCGAUUUCGGAUGAAGGACUUUCCAUUCUUUAGGAGGCAUAAGGGCUCGGGUUCACCAUGCUCAACAACGGACUCGACCGGCUGAAGGGAGCAGCACAAAGCUCGUCAGUCAGCGCAGCGAGGUCGCACCUCGAGUUGUAUGCCCUCCAGCAGCAGAUACCGGGCGAUAAAAUGAGCCACGACAAACCCAAUG